UCCGGGUCCCUUGUCAAAGGGGAUCGAGGGUUUCCUUCCAAGGGAGGUUGCCGACUCUUCCUUGCAUUGCCAGAAAACCUAGAUCUAGGCGAGUCUCCUUCCUCCUCCCUCCACCAAAAUCGACGCAACCCUAGCCCCCAUGGCCCCUACCAGCACCACCUGGGUCUUGCUCAAGCGAAUGAUUUUCAUCGAGCACGACGCGAGCGAAACAGGAGGGGAUUCGUUCAUCGGCGGGAAGAACACAAGAGACGCCGUCCUCGCCUACCUGCGGACCUUGAAACCAGAUGCCUGCUUCGCCAAUCCACCGGAGCUGUCCUCCCUCCGCAUACUGCGGCCGAUGAAAUUCACCCCGGGGAUAUGCGGAGAUGUCACUUCCGCCUACAUCGCCAGCGGGGACAAAAAUCUCGUCGCUCUCUUCGCCGACCCUUACCGCCCCGGCACCAAUUCACAAGGAGGCUAUCUGAUCUACGACGCCAGCAAGAAUUCCCUCUCGACGAUCCCCCAGCCCCCCUGUGACUACGACCGUGAGGACGUCGGGCUUGGAGCGGUUGUCAUCUGCCUCGAGGAGGGCGCAUACGUUCUUGUCGAGCUCACCAAGGUAAGAGACUCUGAGCCCACCGUAGCCGCACUCUACACGUGGCAGUCUUCCACCACGGAGUGGGUCAUCAAGCUCGCGAGCUUUCCCCCCGAGCUGUCCUUUCCCAACCAUUUCUUCCGGGCAGGGACGUGCUUCCCUUAUCGAGGCUCUAGACUCUGCUGGGUGGAUCUGUUUAAAGGCAUGAUGGUCUGUCAUCUGGACGCGUUGCUUCAGGAUGGCGGCCGCCCAGAGUUCUGCUUCAUUCCGUUGCCUGAAGAGUGCCCGGCAUUUGACCGUGUCCAAAUGUCCGAACAGACAUAUCCACUGGAGGCGGAGGAGUUCCGUUACAUUGCCUGUAUUGGUGGCGUGAUCAAAUUCGUCACCAUGGAUGGCUAUGGCGAGCGGCCCGGCCAUGAAGUAACACUGACCAUCUGGACGCUGUCGCAGAACCUCUGCAGUUGGAAGAAAGACAAGGUGUACCAUGUCCGGGACAUCUGGAAAAGUGAGAGCCACAUCUCGUUGGGCCUGCCGGAGGUCUUGCCGUCGUUCCCGGUGCUGAGCAUGGACGAAGAAGACGUUGUCUAUCUGUUCUUCACUGACCUGAACGUGACAGAGGACGGUGACACGGAGUUCAAAGGCCAGUGUUUGAUUCGUGUCGACAUGAAGCAUAGCAAGGUCUCCCACCAUCCCAAAAGUGCAGAUGAGAUGCCAAGUCAACUCUUCAGCAGUGAAAUUCUUGCCAGUGAGUGCACUGCAUACCUACAGGGCGUGGAGGACCACCAGGAACUCCUCGGCCCGAACGAACGCCUUAUCCUCUCCACCGUCACUUUUUCCUUCUGGGCUUCUUUUCCCCAUCCCCAUCGUCUUCACUGAGAGAGAGAGAGAGAGUCGAGCUGGAGCAGCCGCGCCUUGCCGCCGCUCACCGGUGAGGCCUCGCGGCGCCCCGUCGGUGGAUUAGAUUUCGGGGAGGCGCUCGAGGGGAGCGACGGCGGCGGAGACCUGGGAGGCGGCGGAGGUGCUGCUCGCAGGAAGUGGCGGUGGCGGCGGCUGCCACACCAGCGGAGCUGUCCAAUGCCGCAGCAGGGCCUACCACGGCACCGGCAAGCUGCCUGCACUGCAAGCGGGGAGCGACGCCGGCGGCGACCUGGGAGGCAGCAGAGGUGCUGCUAGCAGGGAGCGGCGGCGGCGGCGACCGACCCUCCAGUGGAGCUAUUCAACGCCGCAGCGGGGCCCUACAACGGCUUCGGCACGUUGCCUGCGCAGGGGCCUACCACGGCGCCGCGAUUUCCUCUGGCUUGUCGACAAGGUGCGGCUCUUCUUGGCGCGGCCGAGGACGAUGGUCAUGGGCAACGUGCCAGAGACGCCCAUCUACCGGUGGAUGGACCAGUACACGACGUGCUCGACGGCACCCUUCGCGAGAAGAUCACCCGAUGGAUUGACGACGACGACGAACGAACCUCGUCCUCAACAUGUGUGAGCGAUUGGCAGCAUCGACACCAGUGGUACGAGUAUGCAUUUCGACAUGGCAAAUUUUGUGUGGAAGAUGCUUAAACAGGUGCAUCUUUGACCAAGUAUAGGACGGGCAGAUGUCGCGAAAGGAAUACUCAUGGUUGAAGACUGACUAUGCUCCCUCGAGUACUACGCAGCAACAAACUCAGGAUAACUCAGUCGAGAACUUUAAAAGAGCAAACAAGAUUCUGGCUUCGGAGUCUGAGCCGGUUCAAAUAUGGGAUUUCUCUGCGCGAACAACCUUCAUAUGGAUGAAUGAAUGGAACCGUAUGCCCCAAGAUCCUCGGUCUAAGAUCCUCGGCCUUCUGACCAGGAGGUCAUAUCUUCUCGAUCUAAUUUGCCAUUCUAUUGCCUAUGCUUAAUUUCUUGCAUAAGAUUGUUAUAAAUUAAUUGUACAGUUGUGUUGGUCAUAGUCUUUUAUCUCCUAGCUACUUCUUAAGGCUUUUCUACUGCAUUACUACUAAUUAGCCAAAUUAAUCACCAUUUCUGUUAUUUCCUCCUGCAACAACGUAAUUUUAUUUGAAUGCGGAGCACUGGAACGCUAUAUUGCUGGUUUUUUGAGUAAACAUUCACUGUCCUAAUGAAAAAUUUCUACUUUAGUGACUUGAAUUUUCAUGUGCACAUGGGUAGCAAGUAAGUAAUAGUUGCUUUUAAGCGGGUUGAAAUUGAAAGUAUGCUUAUAGCCCCCAUCUUCUCCGAGCUUUUGAAAUCUAACCUCGGCUCAAUGCUGGAGUGCUAAAUUCGGCUGAUGCCUGAAGUUCUACUUAUGUCUGGCAAGUUAUAAGCAUGUUUAGCAUUGUAUAUAUUGGUACUGGUACCCCCCUCCCUCCAUAAUAUCAAAGACGAUGACCGAUCUGGAUUGAGCCGGCUUCCUCAAAAUAGAUGAGUUGGCUUCUGCUAGGUUAAUCCAGACUCGACUGGCCUGACUAAACAAAGUAUACACCAUGUUGUACUUAUGCUUUUGUUCAGUCCUUAAAGGUUGAGUUAAGUAUCUUUGUAAUGUAGGUAAUUUGCUCAGACAUCAUGAAUGCAUUUUAUUUGUAGGCAACAGGUGAGGAUGGUGGCAGGAGGAUGUACCUGCGGCGUGAGGAGAUGGGUGCAGGAACAGCCGGCGCGCGGAGGUGGCUGGUUCCGACGGCCUCAGGUGAGGAUGGUGGCAGGAGGAUGUACCUGCGGCGUGAAGAGAUGGGUGCAGGAACAGACGGCCUUGGUGAGCAACACCAUGAGAGGAGAUGGGUGCAGGAACAGACGGCCUUGGUGAGCAACACCAUGAGACGGGAGCAGAGGUUGCUGGUUCCGGCGUGGCCGGACUGGUUCCGUUCCGGCGGAUGUGGCCGGAGGGCGAGUAUGGGUCCAGCGAGAGGAAAAACUGGCGUUCCUGGUGACGUGCGAUGACGGCUCGAUGGAGCUUCCGCACUUGUUUCUUUGUUUGGUUUGGCUGGGACGUGUCUUUUUUUUGGUUUGUUUUUUUGGUCAAUGCAUGGAGUACUGUUGUUUUUCUUUGGCCGGUGCGUGAUCGUGGUACUGUUGUUUUUCUUUGGCCGGUGCGUGAUCGUGGAUUGAGUCGUAACUGUUGUUUUUCUUUGGCCGGUGCGUGAUCGUGGGCUGAGUUGGUGGAGAUGUA